AUGCAGGUCCGGCACAGAAACACAGUAGAGCGCCUCGACAGGCCGAGCGCAUACUACCACAACCGGAACAAGCGCAGGAGAAACGACAACCGCGACGCCGCCCGCGAAGCCCGCGACGCCGAAGACGAGGCCGCCACCAAGAACGAGCCCCUCCCCGAGGACCCCCUCGCCAACGCGACGACGCUCUACGUCGGCAACCUCUCCUUCUACACCACCGAGGAGCAGGUCUACGAGCUGUUCUCAAAGUGCGGCGAGAUCAAGCGCCUCGUCAUGGGCCUCGACCGCUUCAACAAGACCCCCUGCGGCUUCUGCUUCGUCGAGUACUACACCCACCAGGACGCCCUGGACUGCAUGAAGUACAUUGGCGGCACCAAGCUCGACGAGCGCGUCAUCCGUACCGAUCUCGACCCCGGUUUUGAGGAGGGGAGACAGUACGGUCGUGGCAAGAGCGGUGGGCAGGUGCGUGACGAGUACCGCGAGGACUUCGACGAGGGACGUGGUGGGCAUGGUAGGGCGAUCCAGAUGCAGAGGGAUCGGGACGAUCGGAUGGGCGAGUAUGAGGAGUCGCGAUGA